CAACUUCCCUUCCUCAAGAGAUUAAAACUUAAGGAGAUGCCAAAAGUAAAAUGUCUGGAAAGUAAAUUUAAUGGGAAUGAUAAAUACCAUGCCUUUCCAUCGCUACAGUAUUUACGUAUUGAGAGUUUAGAAUCAUUAGAGGAUUGGUUUGAGGCAGGAGUAGCUGCUGAAGAUGGAUGUUUGUUUCCUUGCUUAAUUGAACUGGAGAUAUAUAACUGCUCGAAGUUGAAAGAGUUGCCCUCUUUGCCUCCUAAGCUCAAGAAAUUGCAUAUAUAUGACAUGGGGUGGAAGACUUUGAAUUUUUGUAGCAAUUCAAAUCCUAUUCCCCUUGAAAUAUUAGAGGUCUUGGACUGUCCUAACAUUAUAUCUCUUCCUCUGGCUGAUGAAAUAGCAAGGCUUGCAGCACUAAAAUACUUGAGAAUUAGAAAGUGCCCUAAUCUGAUCUCUCUGGAAAGAUAUCGAGAAGUCGAGACCACUAAUAAUUGCCAGCUCAUGCUCGACAAUCUUGAGAUAAAUGAUCCAUCCGUGUUGCUAAUGGAGCCAAUGAGAAGUAUCGCCUCCUUAAAAACGCUGACUAUUAGGGAUAAUGAUGAGGUGGUUUCAUUUCCAAAUGAGGUGGAGCAGUGGUUUCUGACUGUUAGGUCUUCUCUUUCUUACCUGUUUAUUUAUAAUUUGAAAUCCUUACAGUCUCUCCCUUCCACCUUCGAAAGCUUAUCUUCACUUCAGUAUCUAUAUAUUGGGGACGUUCCUAUGCUUCGGGAAUUACCGAACCUUCCUCCCUCUUUGGAAAGUCUAUAUAUUUGUAGAUUUCAUCCAGAGUUAAAGGAGCGCUAUGGAGAGGACGGAGGACCCGAUCGGCACAAGAUUGCUCACAUUCCUAAUAUCCGUUUAUAUAUAUAUGCUAUCUCAGCAUGAAUCAGUUUGUAUGUACUCAAUUUUAUUUAUGUAUCACUUCAUGGUCCUUUUAUAUACUAGUACAAAUACAUCUACACAUGGUACAUAUGAUCAUUAGUAUUCUCCAUUGCUAAAUGAACAAUCUUCCUACUUGUUUAUCAGAA